UUUAAAUCUAUGAUCAUUACCUUGACUUCUUUGGUCGCCUUUACUGCUAUGGUGAAUGCUGAUGAUGGUGGCUUUUUUUCUUUGACCAAGCGUGGAGAAUGUAAUGAGUUUGGUGGAUGUGCUCAAGAUUGCAAUGCCCUUUGUUCUGCAAAGGAGAAGGACGCUGGUGUGUCUUUGCAGAGUGUUUGCUACUUGCAGACUUGUUUCUGUGGUUUCAGUCCUUAGUAAACCAUCAUUUCUCCCUUUUUUUAUUCAUUAUCUCUCCAUUUUAUACCGAUGACCUUAAAUAC